AUGCCGAGGCUUGCGUACGCAACGAGUUCAAGACAUCCAUCUCAGUUACCUGAAGCAGAAGCACACUCCUGUCCGAGCUCUCCUGCCUUUAGAACGGGCAGUGAACCUUCUCUGAGCCCCACAGUUGUUCAGAAAGUGACCUCUGAGUCGCAAGCAGGGGAAGCUCUUAGGGGAUCCGACAGUCAGCUCUGCCCAAAGCCUCCACCUAAACCCAGCAAAGCACCCCUGAUGAAGCCCCCAGAUUCUCCUUCGGCUUCCCACAGUUCAGAAGGACACUACUGUGAACUGAGCCCUGCCAGAGAUCCUGCAGCAACAAAACAUUUAUGUCAGAAAAACAGCUAUGUGGAACAUCUGACGCAAAAGGAGAGGGGAGCACACACAUUCAGGAACUCUGACACAAGCUAUUUGAUCCUGGAAGAUGACCCUCCAAUGAACUCUGCAGAUCCUUUAGAAGCUUCAACUGAGAUGGCUGAAGAAGACAGCAUCUUUUCUGCACCCGUUUUUGAGACGGUGUCUAGUUUUAAACCAAAUGAUUUUGAAUCCAAACUACUUCCUCCUGAAAACAGGCCAUUGGAACCAUCAAUGUUAAGAAGAGUUAAGGAGCUUUUCACCAAUAACAAUCCAAAGAUUAUUGCGCAGCAUAUUCUCAACAUGGACUGCAAGGUGGCGAGGAUACUAGAAGUUUCUGAAGAGACGAGGAGGAUUAUGGGAGUGAACUCUGGUCUUGAACUGAUUACCUUGCCUUACGGACAUCAACUGCGCCUUGACCUAAUUGAAAGGCACAAUACCAUGGCAAUAGGAAUAGCUGUGGAUAUCCUGGGUUGCACGGUAAAUCUAGAAGACAGAGCAGCAACAUUGAACAGGAUCAUCCAAGUCGCAGUGGAGCUGAAGGACUCCCUGGGGGAUUUGUAUGCGUUUUCUGCCAUUAUGAAAGCACUGGAAAUGCCACAGGUCACCAGGUUAGAACAAACCUGGACCUCUCUGAGACAUCGUUACACCCAGACUGCCAUUACCUACGAAAAACAGCUGAAGCCGUUCAGCAAAGCUUUGCAUGAAGGCCAAGAGGAGUGGAACAAGACCGUCAGUGCCCAACAGAACAACGUAACGGUGCCUCUGCUGAUGCCUCUCGUGACGUUGAUGGAGCGACAAGCCGUCACAUUUGAAGGCACGGACCUGUGGGAAUGCAAUGACCAAAGCUCCGAAAUAAUGCUCAGGCACUUGGCCACAGCUCGUCAGAUGGCCCAGAAUGCAGGAAUGUACAGCUCGACUGCGGAGCGGCUGCUGGAAGGUUUCCAGCCUGAUGAAGAGAUGAGUGAAAUCUUCAAGACGGAAUUUCAAAUGCGAUUGCUCUGGGGCAGCAAAGGAGCGCAAGUUGAUCAAAAUGAAAGAUAUGAGAAAUUCAGCCGGAUUUUAACUGCACUUUCCCGGAAACUGGAACCUCCUCCAGUGAAGCAGAUUUGCAGGUUGCAGAAAUGAUCCUUUAUCUGUGACCACCACAGAAGGCUCCAACGGCACUGCACCAAUGAACGCAGAAAAUCAG